AUGGAUGACCAGAUUGCGAGGAUGGGCGCUCCGCCGAAACCGAGCGCGGGGAUUGUGGAUGUGGACGCCUGGAGGCAACAGCCCGGCUUGGCGACGCGGGUCUUCCAAGAGUUUGCGCGGAAGAAGCGAGGGGACCUGGCGCAGAUUCUGCUGGAGGACAUGCUCGCCGAAGGGUUGCAGGAGCGAAGCUUGAAGGCUGGGUCUGAACAGGCGGUUUGGCCCUGGCAGGUGAACGUUUUCCACUGCAGCUCAGCAGCUGGCGCCUGCGUCAAGGCCACGCAGUGGCAGGGGUGCCUUCAGAUACUGUCUUGCAUGGCCCGGUUCCAGGUGCAGCCCAAUGAAUACACACAGAGCGUUACUGCCAAGGCAUGUGCAGAGGCAAGCCUUUGGCAAAAGGCUCUGAAGGCUGAUGCCAGCACAGCGGUCAGCGCUGAACAGUUCCCCUGGCCUCUGGCGGUAGGUUUGCUGCGCUUUGGGAGGUCCUUGUUGUUGGGCAGCACGACCCUUGGAUGUUGUGGGCGCCGUGGCCGGUGGGCCGAUGCCUUGUGGAUUCUACUGACUCUGCGGGAAUGCCGCGGGCCCGAUGCCAUUGCAUGGAGCACUGGCAUCAGCGCCUGCGAGAAGGGCGAGCGGUGGAUGUGGGCGCAGGGCGACACCCCCGGCUUCAACGCGGCCAUCCGCGCUUGUUCGGAUGCCAUGGUGUGGGCGCGGGGCCUGGGGCAGCUGAACCAGAUGCAUGCCUUCUGGCUGAGACGUAGCACGGUGUCCUACAACUCGGCCAUCGCCGCCGAGCCGCGGGCUUGGAGCACGUGCCUAGGCUUCGUGGGGUCCAUGGCGCUUGCCGCCGUUGCCGCGUCCUCCAUCACGGCCAACUCGGUGCUGCACGGCCUGGCGGCCAGCUCCAUUUGGCAGCUGGCCGUGGGGAGCGUCAGGACUCCGGACGUGGUCACCUUGAGCUCCGCGAUUUCCGGCGUGUCCGGCGUCAGCUGGCGCGCGGCCACUGCGCUCUUCGGGGCCAUGGGCCUGCUGGCGAUCCAGCGGAACGUGGUCGCCUACACCUCGGCUAUUGGCGCCAGCGGGGAAUGCGACGGCGAUGGCAGCUGGACCGAGGCGUUCGCGCUGUUGGUGGAGUUGAAGGAGAAGCAGAUGAAGCCCAACGAGCUCAGCUGCAGCACUGCGAUUUCAGGAUGCAAGCCGGCGUGGAGGCACACUUUGUGGCUGUUGGGAUGGAUGAGGGACCUCAGCCUUAGCAUCUUGCCUUUUGACUCUGCGGUGGCUGCUUGUGCUUCGUGCCAUCACUGGCGUUGGUCCCUCCGCCUUUUGUUCGCUGACGGUGCCAGCUUCCGCGGGCUGGAUGCUGUUGCCUGCAAUGUGCAAGACUUAGGCACCGACGAAAAGGCUGCGGAGGCCCUUAGGAAACAGUGCAGUCGACCCUCCAGCCAGCACACCUCCCGCUUUCUCUCGCCCGGGCCGAGCCUGGAGGCGGAAGCGGAGGACGCCAUCGAGCGGGCGGUGCAAGCCGGCAGGGAGCAGAAUCUGAGGGGCGGCUUGGUGGUGGCGGAGCUGCAGAAGCGAGGGGUCGCAGAGUGCUUCGAGGAGUAUUCCCUGAGGGACUACUUUGAUGCCAGCGGCCAGCGGCGCUUCUGCAACUUGUCCAUGAGCGUGGCGGCCAGGAGGCACCCGCAGGUCUCGAAAGCCUUCGGCUCCAUGGCUCAGCGGACCGAAGUCCUGCAGGAGGAGCACGUGUUCUCGGCCAUUGCCUACCGGAAGGCCAGCGCCAUGGUGGAGCGAGAUAGGCAGAUGCACCUGCAAGCCAAGGAAGCUCAAUAUCAGCGCCUGGCUGGCAACGAGAAGUUUCGCACAGAGGAUGUACGGCGGCGCCAGCUGGAGCUGGUCUUCCAAGGCUUUCCCUCUGCUGUCUCGGAGGAGCUCCCUUCUUUGACUCCCGGCAUGGCGGAGGAGGCCAUGCUGCCCGUGGAGGCCAGCUCCCGGCAGGUGGAGCGCGACAGCCGGAAGCGCUGCGAAAGGCACAAUGUGUAUUUUGCAGAACGCACUCCUCAGACCGUUUUCCUGGUCAAGCGACAAGGAUGGAUCUUCCAGUACGACGAUGUCUGUGGGAUCUUGAACAAGCUGGACGGUUGGAUGGGCGCUGUCGGGCUGACCCCAGUAUGGGGCAUCGACCGGUCGACCUUCUCACAGCUCCUUGUGGACUUAGACCUUCGGCACGAGGAGCGGCUGCCCUACGUCUGGGCCCACCAGGUCUUCGACGCCUAUGCGCAGCCCAUGCGCCUUGCGCCCGGGGAUCCAGACUACGACGAGCUUCCGGACGGACGCGUGAGAUCUGCCAUGUGCGUCUCGAGAUGGGACUUUUGCGCGGUACUGGACCGGCUGCUGCGCGCCCGCUUCGAGCGGAGCCCCCGCGAGGAGUUCCUCACCCGGCUGCGGGCGGCCUAUGGCACUCUGGGCCGCGAGUGGAAGAAUCGAGAGGAGGCGAGCAAAGCCGCCGCGGAAGAAUGCCAGCGCCAGCAGCUCUUGAAAGCACAGCGCGAAGGCAAGGCCUUCAAGCCUGCCAAGGAGCUCAAAGCCAGUCAGCGGUGGAAAUUUGACCGUCAUGCUUCAAGUAUGCUGAAGGAGCCGGAAGUGAUGCGGAUUGCCGAGCAGUUCCGCAAGGUAUUCAGCAGGAUCUUUGCUUGUUACGCCAGCGAGAAGGAAAAUCGGCACAUGUUGCAAUCGGAUCUGGUGUCGUUUUGCUACGACGUGUGCUUAGUGCCAGACUUGGUUUCGCGGAAUGAAGUGCAGCGUGUCUACGGGCUGGCCGUGUGCUUGGACAAGCCGCUGGAGGAACCCCCGAGCCUCUCCACAUCUCUAUCCACCACGUCUCAGAGCUCCCAGUCGCUGGUGCCUCCGGCUCCCCAAAGGAGUUCGUUCAAGUCGCGAAGCAAAACCAUCAAGGAUGUCAUUGUCAAGAAGAGGGUGUCGUCGUCGCUGGCGCAAUCUGGAUCCAAAGCCUCCGACAAGCCGAAACUGCACUCGAAGCGUACGAAAGCAGAUCUUGGCGAGGAUGCGAAGCACCCUGGGCUUGAUAGGCAGCAUAGCCACGACACCGAGCCUGAGGCUAAAGCAGGCAAGCCGAAGCCAAGCAAGCCGAUCUUCGGGGUGGCAGCGUUUGCGGAGAGCCUUUGCCGCCUUAUCAUCGGCUACUUGCUGAUCUAUGGCAACAGCUUGCAGCAGACGAUGACCCCAGAAGCGCGGGCAGUCUGGCUGGUCAGCUACCUCUCAGAAGCUGUGCGGCAGGGCCGAUCUUCGAAGCCCACGGGCCACGUGCCAGAUUGGCCCGGCUGGCGGGGCGCCGCUUGGGCCAAGAUGUUGGAGACCCUGAAGGAUCAGGAGUUCGCCGAGGCGGUUCGGCCGACUUUGCAGGCGCCCCGCGGAGAGGAACGCAGCGAUGACAUCCAGCCGGAAGAUCUGCGGCCCUCCCACCGGGGAACUACUCCCGAGUCUGAGGAGGACCUGGCGGAUGAUUCCUCUGAGUUAAGCACCGUGAUGCAGGUGGACGUGCCCUCCCUGACAAAAGACGCCCCUGAGGCCCAGGGGUGGCUUUUUGCCAGGCACCUGGUUUGCACGCUCGACCUGACCGCCAAGAAGCGGCGAGGAUCCAAGGGCGAGAAGGCCCGGAGGCGCUCGAGCGCCGCUCGGCCGUGA